GCUGGGCAGGUGGGCGAGCAGGCCGGAAGAGGCGGACCCAAGGAUUGGGCGCGCGGUGGAGUUACGGCCUCUCAGCCAUGGAAGAGAUCUUUGCCAAAUUUGUGUCUCAGAAGAUCAGUAAAACCCGCUGGCGUCCGGUGCCCCCCGGGAGUCUGCAGCCGGCCGAGACCUUCGUCACUGGCUCUUGGGACAAUGAGGAAAACAGUGUUUCACUCUGGUGUAUUGGAGAUUUUGGUAAUUUGAGUUCUGAUGGAGGAUUUGAAGGCGAUCAUCAGCUAUUGUGUGACAUCAAACAUCAUGGUGAUGUAAUGGAUUUGCAGUUUUUGGACCAGGAAAGAAUUGUAGCUGCUUCAUCAACAGGAUGUGUAACAAUUUUUCUUCACCAUCCAAAUAAUCAGACUCUUUCAGUCAGCCAAGAAUGGGUAGGAGCCCACUACCACAUUGGCCCAGGUAGUCCUUCCUAUAGGAGUGCACCGUGUACUGGUAUUGUAUGCAACAGUCCAGAGAUUGUUACUGUUGGAGAAGAUGGUAGAAUCAAUCUCUUCAGAGUUGAUUACAAGGAAGCUGUGCGGACUAUAGAUAAUGCAGACAGCAGUACACUCCAUGCAGUGACUUUCCUUAGAACUCCUGAAAUUCUUACAGUAAAUUCAAUUGGACAGUUAAAGAUAUGGGAUUUCAGACAACAAGGAAAUGAACCUUCUCAGAUACUGUCACUCACUGGAGACAGAGUUCCACUCCACUGUGUUGAUAGACAUCCCAACCAACAACAUGUUGUAGCCACAGGUGGUCAGGAUGGAAUGUUGAGCAUUUGGGAUGUUAGACAAGGUAGCAUGCCAGUAUCUCUGCUGAAGGCUCAUGAAGCUGAAAUGUGGGAAGUUCACUUCCACCCAUCCAACCCAGAUCAUCUAUUUACUUGCUCUGAAGAUGGAUCUCUUUGGCAUUGGGAUGCCUCCACUGAGGUUCCUGAAAAAUCAUCACUUUUUCACCAAGGUGGAAGAAAUAGUACAUUAUUAGCUCAUCCUUCAAGUAACCAGCUUAAUGUUAACCAAUCCCUUAUAAGUUCUUGGCUCAGCACGGAUCCUGCAAAAGAUCGUAUCGAGAUCACUAGCUUAUUGCCAAAUAGGACACUGUCAGUCAACAGUUUGGACGUUUUAGGAUCUUGUCUUCUUUGUGGAACUGAUGCAGAAGCAAUUUAUGUUACUAGACAACUUUUCUCAUGAAUGUUAAGUCUCACUUCUGAAUUUUGAUUUGCCUGUAUUUUGACAGUAUUUUUCUUUUUGAAUCCCAAGCUUGUAUGUAAACUUCUCAAUGGGAACCUUUAUUCUAAUAUGGAAUCAUUAGUAAAUGAAUGAAAAAAAAAGUUUUUGGUUUUGAUAGUUGAGUGUACCUGAUUGUAAGACUUGGAUGGAAUAUUUCAAAGAGUAUCAAAGAUAUCUUUGGGUUACUGUUAAUGCUUUAAAAAAAUUUUUUUUAUUUUAAAAUCUUAGUUGCAGUAAUUUCACGUUACAUUAUGGUAAUGUUUAAGAAGUAAUUAUGAGCAGAGAUAAACUGAUUUUCUAAGAUUUGGUAUGUUAAGAUUUUUCAUUGUGAGAAUAGUGAUGAAAAAAAAAGUAACUCCAGUUGUCCUAACCCUUAACAACUGAAAAGACCUCCUGUCCUUCAUUUUGAUGUACGUGAAACAAAUAUCCAACAAACAUUCAGAAGGGCACUAUCCUAGACUUAAAACUAACAAACCUGUGCUAGUAAUAGAGGAAUUCUUCUGUUGAGCAGUAUAACAGUUUCUUCUUUCUUUAGGAAUCACUGGCCAGUGACAUUUUGUUUUAUUCUGUUAUUCAUUUAUUCAGCAUUGGUUUUCCUAUAUGAAAUGUGUCUGCUUUUUGAGAAAAAAAAGAAUGUUAGUUGGAACUAAUGGAAUAAGCAUUAUCUUUAAAGUCUUAAAAUCUGGAAUGUCAAUAUUUUAAAAAGAUGAGAAAAUCUAGUUUGUUUAAUAAUGUUUUGACAUAUUAAGACAAAAUUUAUUUUGUUUGAAUAUUUUAAAUUUUUUUCUACUAAAAAAUUCUAAACUUUCUUGAUUUAAAAAAUCCUGACCUGAUUUUGUACAAAGACAUUUAAUGCGGUUAGGAAUUUGGUAAGUUCAAUUUAUUUGUCAAUGAGUAAUGUAUAUAUAAAAGUAAUGAAUUUGGUUACCUGAUGGGUUCUCAGUGUGAAACAUUAUAGGACACUAAUGAAAAUUUGUUGUCAAAGUGUCAGAACUUUUCAUCAAACAGUAUUCAGAAUUAAGUCACAGUCUAUUAUGUUGACAUAAUAGAACUAUAUAUUUACCUUAGCAUUUCAUGAAAAAAUAAUUUUUAUUUAGCUUUUCUAUUGAAAUAAAUAUUUUCAUCAGAUUUUUAGUUGUUUUAGUAUUGCUUUAUAUCUCAUUUAUUUUUGUAAUAAAACUUAAAAGUUGAAUACAUCUACUUUUUUCUAUGAAGUAUGAGCAUUAAUUUGUUUAAAGACAUGUAUGAAGUAAUCUGAAUAAAGCGAUAUUAGAUUAGAAUACUAAUAAUACUGAAGAAGAAAGAAGAGUUCAGUGUAUGAAUCACCAUUCUCUUUUCAAUUACUGAAGCUAAUUAUUUGAACUAAGACAAUCUCAUCAUUAGAGAACAGUAAUGGCCAUCAGUUAAUAAAUUUGUAUUUGAACCCCUCAA